CCAAGAAGUUCUCUUAAACUCGCUUAUCCCUAUCGAGAGAAAAAAAAAAAAAAACUGGGGGAAAAAUAAAACAAGAACGUAGAAGAAAACACGAAAAAGAUGGAGUCGAUGCCCGUGAAUUGGGAAGCACUGGACGCUCUCGUAAUCGAUUUUGUAAAAUCGGAGAAAUUAAUUGAAGUUUCAAGUCCUCCGUCUCCGCGUUCGCCGUCGCCGUCGCUCUCGCAGUCACCAUCAUCGUCCUCCUCAUCAUCGUCGUCUUCCUCUUCCUAUCACUCGCGGUUGGUGAUUCGGCAGAUCAGGCGGUAUCUGGAAUCCGGUGAAAUUGAUGCCGCGUUAGAUCUCUUGCGUGCUCACGCUCCUUUUGCUCUCGAGGAUCACCGGCUUCUCUUCCGUCUUCAGAAACAGAAAUUCAUUGAGCUGUUAAGGAAAGGGACGCAGGAGGAUCGUGAUGCUGCAAUUUACUGCUUACGAACGGCUCUUGCUCCUUGCGCACUUGAUGCUUAUCCGGAAGCAUAUGAGGAAUUCAAGCAUGUCCUUCUGGCUUUUAUAUAUGAUAAAGAUGACCAGAGCUCCCCGGUGGCUUAUGAGUGGUCAGAAAAGAGGAGAUUCGACAUUGCGGGUCUUGUAUCUUCUGUUUUAAGAGCUCAUCUGAAUGCCCAUGAUCCUCUUUUUGCAAUGACAUUGAGAUAUUUGAUAAGUAUACAUAAAUGGUUUUGCAUUCGCCAAGGAGUCCUGUCACCUGUAUCAGAUCUCACUGAGAGAUUGCUCCUUGAGGAACGUGACUUCGCUCCAAUUCCCCCAGAGAGCGCAUAUGAAGCUCCACCUUUCGACGAGGUGGAUAUACAAGCCCUCGCUCAUGCAGUGGAGCUCACUAGGCAAGGGGCUGUUGAUAGCUUGAAAUUUGCCAAGGGUGACUUGUUUCAAGCAUUUCAGAAUGAAUUGUGCCGUAUGAGAUUGGAUGUCUCCAUGCUUGAUGAGCUCGUAUAUGAGUAUUGCAUCUACAGAGGUAUUGUGGACUCAGCUCCUGCUGCUCAUCCUGGUUCGUGUUCAUCACAAAAUAACGUCAUUGAAGGUGAUUGUGGUAGCAUUAAAGCCCCUGAUGGUGAGCUAUCUCACGGCAAUGCCAAUUUGAAUGGUUCUAAUGAAGGUCAAGCUCAUUUCAUGACAACUCAUACUAAGGACAUUGUUGAGCGGUACCCUUCAGGGACAUCCAAUUGCCAGGAACUUUGUAGCACCAGUGGAACAUAUCAGCCCUGUAGUUUGAAAGUCCAGCAGAAAAACAGAAAUAAAGGGUGUGGAGAGAGGAACAAACGUAAGCGCUGGAGGGGGAGGCACGAGGAGAUUGAAUGUAUAACAGAAGUUAUCAGUGGAUGCAACAGAGAAGAGACUGAGGCUUCAUCUGUUAUGGGUAGUUUGAGUCAUGGGGAUGACAGAUAUGAAAUGUUGCUGGCCAUAAAAGAAUUAGCCUGCAGAGGAAUGGCUGCGGAAGUUGUUGAAGAGAUUAAUGUUAUCGACCCAAAUUUUUUCUCACAAAACCCUGAUUUACUGUUCCAACUAAAACAGGUUGAAUUUCUGAAGCUAGUCAGUUCUGGUGAUCACCCUGGUGCUUUAAGAGUAGCCUCUUCCCAUUUAGGUCCCUUGGCAGCUAGCGAACCUUCUCUUCUGAGGCCACUGAAAGAGACUUUGGUGACUUUGCUUAGACCUAAUGAAGAGGCAUAUGGUGAAUUCUUGCCCUUGCACGCUCUUGCCUCCUCAGUCCAGGUUCGGCACGCUAGUGAGUUCAUAUUGUUUGUUUACAUAGUGAUCACUAAACUUAAGUCUGGAUCUGUUACUAGUUGAUGCAUUGUUAGUUCACUUGCUGCUUCACUUCAUGUUGGUGCUGCAGUAAUUGGGCAAUAGUGUUGAAUUAUUUUUGUUAAUUAAAAUGGGCAAUUACUUGUUGGAAGUCAUUGACCUUUAUGGUAAUGGAUCAUAUUGUGUUGUACCUGUUUUGAAAUUCUAAGAUGCUUCUUUCUGGAAAGGUUGCUAUUGGUAGGAGGCUUGGUAUUGAAGAACCUCAGCUGAUGAAGAUUAUGAAGGCGACACUGUACACACACAAUGAAUGGUUCAAACUUCAGAUGUGUAAAGAUAGAUUUCAAGGUCUCUUACAGAUCAACUCUUUGAAAGAAGUUAGUCCCUCUUUGCUUGCUGAAGCUGCUUUGAGGUCAAAUGAUUCUUCACUUCAGGGAUCUUCCACUGUUACCACAUCGUCAAGUAGUAAGGCACAGGAAGAUACUGGCAGUCCUACUCAAACGUCAUCUGCUGAUGUUGCAUGUGAUGAAAAUGCAAUACUGAAGGUUAUGGUGAGUUACACUGGUUUUCAUUUGUUAUUUUCUCCCCUUUGUCAACACGUGUUUGCUUCUUCAAAUGCACUAGCAGCCAUGCAGUAUCGUUGAGGUGUAGUUAGAAAAUUUUCAUCGACUUGGAUUCAUUUUGCAUUGAAAGUUUUGUGCUGCUAAUUACUUUCUGUAUCUUUUAUAUGUUUUCAUCUUCUGUUAGGAGUUCCUUGAACAAAAGGCAUAAAUUGAUUCGUACCAUUUGCUUUUAUUCUGACUUUUAUCGAGAACAGAAAGUAAAUUAUUUGGGAAACACCUUUGUAGAUAGUUACACAAGCACUUCCUCUAAUAGUUCUAGCAUUUCAACUUUUGACAGGGUUCCUUUAUGACAACUGUGGUUUCAUUUGUAACUUGUUUGCUUGUUUGUUUUCCGUUUUGUCCAGGAAUUUCUUGCUUUACCAAGAGCCGAUGCUAUCCAUCUUUUAACUCAAUAUAAUGGCAAUGCAGAGAUUGUAAUUCAGCAGUUAUUUCCAUAGCUACAGUGUACAGAGAGAGUUGGUGUUUGGUCAAUUUAUUCAUUCUUUAAAAUUAUUGGUUUACUUUAAGUUGUAGACAGUGAAACUCUGUUCCUCUCCUGGUUGACAAAGGAAGGUUGGUAACGGAAUGUUUCAAAGUAUAGUACAAAUAAAAAAUUUUAAUUUUCCUAACUGUUGCACUAUAUAGUUUAUUUUCCAGUAGCACUGAACGAAGAUUGUUGUGUUGUCCAACCCAGACAUUAGUGUGACUAACAAAUGCUACGUUGCUAACUAUAGAACUUCAUUGAACUAUAAUAAUUUCGUUAGUUCCCUAUCACUUAUAUUCAUUUUUUCAACCAAAGUUUAUUUAUAUGAUGAGAGAACUAUGGGAAUGGGAACCUUGCUAUGAAGAAG